UAAGUUAUCUCUACUUUUAUUCAAGUAUGACAAUUGGUUACUUUUUCCACCACUGAUCAGAGGGCACAKAUCAACUCAAAGAAGGCAGCAUAGGAGGGAUGGAGGGAGAGAAUGGGUGAUGGGCUGAGUCAGAGGCAAACAGGCCUCUCAGUCGUGCAGUUGAGUGUGUCAAUGUUUCUAUUGGCUCGCUGCUCUGACUGCACAUGUGCACGAGUGUGUGAUAAGAUGUCAUGAACAUUGCACAUAAUAUGGUGAACAAUGGUUGAGUAUUGGUUUAGCAUACACUAACACUGUAAUGGAUAGUUUGACUGCAUUCACUAUGAAAACUGAAGUCAUGUUAAAAUAAAACACAUUACACGAGUACAUGACUCAAAGUCCUUGUCCCAUUUUAUAAAGUUAAAGACGGUCAAUGUGUUGGACGCCCUUGGACCAUUUUAUAAAGUUAAAGACGGUCAAUGUGUUGGCAGCCCUUGUCCCAUUUUAUAAAGUUAAAGAAGGGAAAUGUGUUGGCAGCCCUUGGCCCAUUUUAUAGAAUAAAAGGCUCAAUGGUUGCUCGACCUUGCAGUAUUCAGUAGGGGGAGCUCUAGAUUUUCCACUGCCCUAGUUUCUCUCUCUCCCUGUUGUCUUGGAUUUAGUGCUGCAGUGUAGAAAAUCAGGCCACUGUCUGCCAUAUGAGCUGGCUGCUGGAUACAACGGCUUUUUUCUCACCUGCACUCACAGCAACAACACACUCGCCUGCCCACCCCCAGAUAUCCUGACGUUCAUCAUGGGGCAGCUGUUGGCCUCAGAACAGGAGCAGUCYGAGGCUCAGGUUGCUGUUGGCUCUCUGCUCUACUCCGCCAUGUUGGAGGCCGGUGCUCUGCCUGAUGUUGCCGUCGACCACUAUCUGCUAGCUAAUCCAGAGAGCCUGGACUCCAGGGCCCACCUACAGGACCACCUCCGCCAGCUGCAGGGGCACGUAGGGAACCGGGCGCCCACCUACCUGAAGGAGCUGAUCAGCCGCCUGGUCGCUUUCUCUGACGAGCCCAAGGUGGCAGGCCUGGUGGGCUUGGUGGUCUCCAUGGUGAUGGAGACGGCAUACGCCUCGUCCAGGGGGUCAGUGAGGUCGAGGGGUUGCCAAGUCGAGGAACGGCGUGCGGAGCUCCAGGACGUUAUGGAGGAGUACCUCAAGCGCUGCCGGAUGCACUUGAAGGAUGAGCAGAAGCUGAGAGAAGACACCCAGCGUCUGGAGGGCCAGCUGAGCUACUUGCUGACCCAGCUGAAGAACACCAUGCUCAGGGAAGGCCCCAGCUCCAAGGCCCUGAAGCACUGGGCCAGCGGCGCCGCCUUUCACACGCAGAUGCUGCUGCACCUGACCAGGCUAGAGCAGAGAGGAGACCCGCUGGUCGUCCAGGCUGCAAUGGAGCAGUACCAAGAGGACUUCAGAGAGAUUCUACCUGCGUACAGAUGCUACAAAGCCAGUACGGUGACUGUGAUAAAGUGUAGGGGAGGGCUGCAGACCGGGGAGGAUCCUCUGACUGAGGGGAGUGUGACUGGGUUCACUGUGGUGGAUAAAGAGUUAGGGAAGAGUGUGAGUGUUCCCCUACCUGAGGACGCUCCCCCUGGCAUUGUCCUGAUCACUUCAGAUAUGUGUGCUCAAGCCUAUUUAGAGCGACUGUUCUCUCCACAAGGCCCCAUAGCAGAGCUGGAGAGGUACUUUCUCAACAGCAGAGAGAGUCUACGCAUGAAGUUGAUGGUACAAGAACCAACGGACUCCAACGAGAGGCUGAGCAUAGUGGAAACAGAACCCCUAGACAGAAGAUAGCACAUGUUCAUGUUGAKUUUCAUACAGGCAUAGGCAAGAUGCACAAUCCACGGAACUGAACGAACUCUCUUGAAUAAAAUGUGCAUUUAUUGUAUUGUAUGUAUGAUCAAAUGUUGAAUCAUAUUCUGGUUUAUUCAUUGCUAAUGUUCUCCUAUGAAUUUCUGAGAAAAUAUAUUAUAAAAGCACAUGAAUAAUUCCUUCCCACGCAAAUCAAUUGUUAUAAUGCGAGAAACUAAUUGUACAGACACAAAUGGCAAAAGUAGCACAGUUCACAGUACUUAAUUGUCUAUGGUAUUGAAAAGGAUMCUUGAGUUCAGUUUGCAGGUUUGAAUUGAUUUCUUCGUGCUUUGUGGAAGUGAUUCUUUCUUACUUUGUCCUCACUUUCAGUUCAAUAACCUUUUCUACAGCUUUGUAGAGUGCUCGGAAGCAACAGCUGAUUCUUUGAAAAUAAACUCUUAAUGGUCUGGCUGCUGCCAUGGCUGAAUGUGUCAAACUUUA